AUGGAGGUGAUGGAGCUGCGCUGCACGGUGGUCGUGGAGCAGCCGCUGCCCGGGGGACAAGGCCCGCGGCGCCGCGUAAUGCGGGGCGCGUUGGUGCAGCUGGGCCGCAACGAGCUGCGGCAGCCGGUGCUGCGCGUGGUCGGGGGCAGCGGUGCGGCGGCGGCGGCGCUGAGCUUUGCGCUGGUUGGUGACGCCGUGCGGCUCUUCACGCGGUUCGCGGGGGACGGGCGGGCGGCGGUGCGGGUAGGUUCGGAUGGCGCCCAGGUGCUGCUUUCCGACUGCCCCCCAGACGCACUGCGCCGCUUCCUCCGCCUCCUGCGGCUCAAGGUCGCUGGCGGGUCGCGGUGCGCGCCACGCCGCCCUCGCCUGAUGGACCGUCCACCGCCGACAUUCACCGUCAUCAGCCCGCUGCAGGAGCGAGACCUACUGCACGCACCCGGCCGCCUGAACGGCGGCGAGGUGCGGAGUGAGCGCUCGGCGGAGGUUCCCCGCGUGGAGAGGCGGCCUUCGGCGAGGCUCUCGGCAGAGCAGGAGGCGGUGCUGGGCGCAGUAAGGAGUGGGAAGAGCAUCUUCUUCACUGGCUGUGCGGGUGAGGCGACCAGGUGGCUGUUACUUGAGUAAAGUCGUCGAGUCUCACCGCUGACCUGCUGCUUCUUCUUCCACCUAGGGACCGGUAAGUCGUUCCUUCUGAAGAAAAUCGUGGGUUCCUUCCCUCCGAAGAGCACCUAUGCUACAGCCAGCACGGGAGUGGCAGCCUGUCACAUCGGUGGCACCACUCUUCAUGCAUUUGCAGGUAUUGGCUCUGGGAAGGCACCACUGGAACAGUGUAUUCAGCUAGCAGAGAGGCCUGGGGUGCGGCAGCACUGGCUGGCCUGCCAGCACUUAAUCAUUGAUGAAAUCUCAAUGGUGGAUGGCAAGUUCUUUGACAAGCUGGAGGCAGUGGCAAGGGCAGUCAGAAAACGGGACGAGCCCUUUGGGGGAAUUCAGCUAAUCAUCUGUGGGGACUUCUUGCAACUACCUCCAGUUCGCAAGGCUAAUGAAGAAACCAAGUUCUGUUUCCAGGCAAGAAGCUGGAGGAAGUGCAUCCACAUAAACAUGGAGCUGACUGAAGUGCGGAGACAGACUGACAAGACCUUUGUCUCACUCCUGAGUGCAGUCCGUUUAGGCAGGUGCACAGAGGAGGUUACCAGACUGCUGAUGCAGACUGCUGCUAACAGGUCUGAGCGUGAUGGGAUCCUGGCUACACGACUCUGCACCCACAAAGAUGAUGUGGAAAUAACCAAUGAGAGACGCUUGCAGCAGCUAUCAGGAGAGCUGCACAGUUUUGAGGCUUUGGACAGUGACCCAAUGCUAGCGAAGUUAAUAGAUGCUCAGUGUCCUGUGGGUGGUAGAGUUGAGCUAAAACUUGGAGCUCAGGUGAUGCUAGCUAAGAAUCUGGAUGUGUCUCAAGGGCUGGUAAAUGGGGCACGAGGAGUUGUUGUAGGAUUUGAAAACGAGCAGAAGGGGCUGCCUAAGGUGAGGUUUCUCUGUGGCGUCACACAGGUCAUCAAAAUGGAGAAAUGGGUCUUCAAAGGAGCAUCAGGAAUUCAUCUGAGUCGUCAGCAGUUGCCUUUAAAAUUGGCAUGGGCCAUUUCCAUCCACAAGAGUCAGGGCAUGUCUUUAGACUGCGUGGAAAUCUCCCUGUCUCGUGUCUUUGAAAGUGGGCAGGCUUACGUAGCCCUCUCCCGAGCCCGAAGCCUUGCAGGUCUUCGUGUUCUGGAUUUUGAUCCAAAAGCAGUGAGAGCUGAUCCUUCCGUGUUGCAGUUCUAUAGGCAGCUGAAACGUCAUCAACUUCUAACCCAGGAUUCACUACACCCCCACUCAGAUGCUGAUAAGGAGAACUGGAAAUGCAGCUGAGGCUGAGGAUGCUCUUCUGGCUUCUGAGGCAUCAGCACAGACUGCUGAGUUGCAGCAAUCUUGAUAUUGAGUGUAUUUGAUAACAUAGGUAAAGCCAAGGGAUAUUUUUUUCAGAUAUUCUCUUCAUUCAGCUGCCUCUGGAUGUGUAUCCCUGUCUUGUGCCUCUGAAUCUGGAAAGCUUCUGUAGCCCCUUUCUGGGCCCACAGCCUUGAGUGUUUGUGUCACAGAUGCAACUCCAGCAAACAAAAUGACUGAACAAGGACAUGCCUGAGGGACCUUUCUAUGAUUCUAUCCUGCCUGCCUGAUUGCAUUUUACUAUCCACAUGUGCAGACUGAUACUUGUGUGCCUUUUUGCAAUCACACCGCGGUUGAGAGAUGGAAGGUGUGUGUCCUCUUUGCCUGGAUGAUCUGGACUUGUUCACAAGAGCUGCUGACACAAGGAAAAGCAGUGCUAAGUACUCUCCUGCAAGCAAGGAACUGCCAGGAGCUGAGCUAUCACUUUGCAGCAUUCUGGGGUGUUUUUGCCUUCCAGAUGCUUAGCAGUGGGAGGCUUUGCCUGACUUCUUCCACAAGCAGAACUGUAAGAGUUCUACAUUACCUGUUAUGCUAAUGCAUUGCCUUUUUAUUAGUCUGUGGCAUACAGCAAGAUGUGAUAUUUAUUUGUUUUAGCCUUCUGUGAUGAUAUGGUUUAAAAAAUAGGAGGAAGUCCUACAUCUUAUACCAUAUUUAUGGAACUGCAAGAAUUGCAAAGCUCCAUUACUGCAUUAGCAAGAAGGGAGUGUGAAGAUGAGUGCCCUCUUGUUUAAAUGCUCGCUCAGAUGGGAGGGAGUUUCUGCUGGAAACAAGAAGGCUGACUAAUAAGGUGGAAGCUGAAUGUGCAAUAGGAAAUAAUGGCCAAGGAUAUCUGAAGUGAGCUGUAACUUCAUCUGUUUCAGCAAAAGCAGAGAUGAGCAGCAGUAAUACACUGUCCUUUUGAAAUGUUAAAGGAGAAGCUUUGGCCUUUGUGUCUUAGCACUCUGCUUAAAGCAAAAGUAGUGUAUUUUUUAAAUGUGCAAUUCGUGGGAAUAAUGUGAAUAAGCUGUCAACAUCCAGCUGCAACUGCUCUGUUGCAGGGGAGGGUCUCUGUAACAAAGCCUCUGCCAUUUAAGGCCACUUCUUGGCGGCUGCUGUCGUUAAAGCCAGGGAAGGCUACUGACUCAUUGGUGGUUAAUAGAACGGAAAACAGAUUUUGGUAGGAUUUCAGGUUUUUUUUCAAGUGGGGUUUGGUUUUUCUAGGAGUAAGGGAUAGAGUUUUGGAGGAAGCAGCAGCAGGAGAUAGAAGUGUGGGAAUUAUUCAGAGGUGUUUAAGAAAGUUGUUGUUGGUUUUUUUUUUUAAUGUAUUGGCACAUUGUUUCUUCAAAGAAGUCUGCCAGAGAGUAUAUGGAACUGCCCUGAGCUGAGGCUAGAGUCUGUGGAAGGCCUUUCUCACACUGCAGACUGUUCCUGACACUACUUCUGGUCUUCCAGCCUUUUCAUGUGUCCGUGAAUAUUUUUAAUGGUGUUUUUCAUUCCUUUGGGCUGGACUUUAAGUUGUGUGUCUACCUUGGGGAGGAACUGAAAAAUGUCCUUCUUAUGCCUGCACCCCUGGAGUGCUGGGGUGUGAUUUGUUGGCCUGCAUCUCCUAUAGCCUCCACCAGACCUUAGUGAGGGCCUGACUUGUUGCAGCCCUGCACCCACAGGAGAGCUGCUACAGGAACCCUCACAGGUGUCCUCCAGUUGACUGGGUGGCAGUACGUAGUUGGGGUGACUGAGCAUGGGAAUGCUCACGUUCAGCCCUUUCCUCCUGCAGUGGCACACAUGGGGGCAGGUAUGGCAGCAUGGCCCUAGCCUUUCUUUGGACAUCUCUUGUUCCCUCAGCUGCCUAGCCCUGCCCUGCUGUGUGUCCCCGUCUCGCAGCACUGUUGUCCUUUACUCAUUCUGCAGUGGGUGCCCUGGCUGCACCUUUGCUCUGUAGCUUAUUCUUUCUGUGUCUUUCCAGCUGGGCCUUAAGAGGCAAGCUUCCCCUCUUUGGGUUGAGUUUUUGCAUUUGCCAGCAGCCUACAGAACAAGGUAAACAUAAUUUCCAUCUUCCCCUUAUGCCUCUUGUGCAGGUGGUCAGAGGCUAUGGGUGCCCUAACCAUCAAAGUUAAGGCUGUCUAUGUACACAGGGAAGCUGGAUGGGCAACCUAAAAAUCUGUAUGCCUGGCCAGUGGGCUGGGCUGAGGCCAGUCAGCACCCUUGUGGGUUUUUAGAGAUGGGAUGCUGCAGUAUGAGGGCUUUGUGUUGCAUUAGAGGUUGAAGUGUGGGGUCUGAAAUGCUUAAGGAUGUUAAAGUGAAUUUUACUACUGGGUCAGUUAGGAAGACUAUGCCAGGCACUUCCAGUCAGACACAAUUGGUUUAUUGACAGAUUUUAUAAGAGCAAUGAGAUAAUGUAGGUUCAGAUCCUUUAAAAUUUCUUUAUAUGUUCCCCUACUACUGUAAUGAUGAAAUAAUUUGGAGUGUAAGAGUGUUGAUUGUGUUCAGUGCAAAUAAACUUUAAAUUGUGGUCUUAUGAAGCAA